ACAACAUGGAGUGAGGCAGGUAUAAAUCAAGCUCAUCAGUUGCUUCACCAAAAGCAAGAGUGUACUGAGAGAGAGAGAGAGAGAGAGAGAGCAUGGAGGAGGAGGAAGGGCAUCGGAUGGCAAGCGUAGGCGCCCCAACAAUAUGGGGAGGGAGCAACAGGAUAGUGGCCGUCGAUGUGGAGGGCCCGACCCCCACUCGAUCUCCCUAAUUCCACGGAUGGUCAAUCUGAUCAAGAGGACUCACCCGAGCAGAAACCUGGAUGGAGGAAGUUCUUAUCAUUUGUUGGCCCCGGUUUCCUCGUUUCCCUCGCAUAUCUUGACCCUGGAAACUUAGAAACUGAUCUGCAGGCCGGAGCCAAUCAUGGAUAUGAGCUUCUGUGGAUCAUACUCAUUGGGUUAAUAUUUGCUCUCAUCAUCCAAUCACUGGCUGCUAAUCUCGGAGUGAGCACUGGGAAACACCUAUCUGAGCUAUGUAAAGCUGAAUACCCACCGUUGGUGAAGUAUUGCUUAUGGUUUUUGGCUGAAGUGGCCGUUAUAGCCGCCGAUAUACCAGAAGUGAUUGGGACGGCCUUCGCACUUAACAUACUGUUUCACAUCCCAGUGUGGGCUGGAGUUUUGCUCACUGGUUUCAGCACGAUCGCGCUUCUUGGCCUGCAGAGAUAUGGGAUUCGGAAGCUGGAAUUGCUGAUAGCAACUUUGGUAUUCAUAAUGGCGGCAUGCUUCUUUGGCGAAAUGAGCUACGUGAAGCCUCCUGCUACGGAGGUCCUGAAGGGGAUGUUCAUCCCCAAGCUCUCUGGGAACAGUGCCACUGGCGAUGCCAUCGCCUUGCUCGGCGCCCUCGUGAUGCCGCACAACCUGUUCCUCCAUUCUGCUUUGGUCUUGUCCAGAAAAGUUCCGAGAUCGGUCCAAGGCGUCAAUGACGCCUGCCGUUUUUUCCUCAUAGAAAGUGGGUUCGCAUUAUUCGUGGCAUUCUUGAUCAACGUCGCCGUUGUUUCCGUGUCUGGCACCGUCUGCUCGGCCAACAAUCUUUCCAGUGAGAAUGCAAGUCAAUGCAACGAUCUAACUCUCAAUUCUGCUGCAUUCCUCCUCAAGAAUAUGUUGGGAAGAUCUAGCUCAACGGUUUAUGCCAUUGCAUUGCUAGCUUCAGGACAAAGCUCCACAAUUACAGGAACCUACGCAGGCCAAUAUAUAAUGCAGGGAUUCUUGGAUCUCAAAAUGAAGAAGUGGAUAAGGAACCUAGUGACUCGAUGUGUUGCCAUUACGCCAAGUCUCAUCGUCGCUAUACUCAGCGGAUCUUCAGGAGCCAGUAGGCUCAUCAUCAUUGCGUCGAUGAUUCUAUCAUUUGAGCUUCCGUUUGCUCUUAUCCCACUCCUUAAGUUCAGUAGCAGUGCAACAAAGAUGGGACCCCACAAAAACUCAAUCUACAUUAUCGUGAUCUCAUGGAUACUAGGAGUGGGACUCAUCGGUAUCAACAUCUACUACCUCAGCACGGGCUUUGUCGGCUGGCUAAUCAACAAUAGUGUUCCCAAAGUUGCCAACGUUUUCAUUGGAAUCCUAGUGUUCCCACUCAUGGCAGUCUACAUCGUUGCAGUGAUCUACUUAACUUUCCGAAAGGACACCAUCGUCACAUUUUCUGAUGACCCUGUUAAGCAUGCAACGGCAAUGGCCAUCGAACUUGGCCAUGGCAAUUCUGGCAAGUCACCAGACCGACUUCCUUAUCGAGAGGAUCUAGCAGACAUUCCUUUUCCAGAGUAGUUUGCAUCACAUCGCUUAACAACUCAAGAAGCUAUCCCCCAAUGUAUGCAGAGACAGAUGCUAGAGUGAAACUAUUUAGUAGAAAUGUGGUAAAAAAUAAUGCCGUUAGAAUCAUAGCUAGAGUCAAGAUCAUUAAGGUACUCUCUUGCUGCAGCUUUUUUUAGCAGGGCUACUGGGCAAAACAUCGAGCAAAAAUGUCUUUGUAACUUUAAGUUAUUAGUAGACUCCUUUAAAUUUUAUCUUCAGUAAA